AUGCCCUUUAUUUGGUCUCGAAAGAACCGAACCAACUCGUCUGCCCAUUCCAUCCGCCCCGGAACUAAGAAAGAAUCAAAAAGAAGAAAAAGUAGCCGGCUGCUACUAAAAAAAGAUCCAUUCGGAUCUACUACUGGAUAUACUUCCCGAUCAAUUGCUAUUGAUGCUUGCUCUGGUGCUUCUAGCCUCGUAUACGGAUCUGGAUCACGAUCUCGAUAUGGAAGGUAUGCUGCUGGUAUUCGUAAGUCAGCUGGGUACUAUGCAACGUCUUCUUUCUUGCAGCUUUUUUUUAUCUUCACUUCAUCUAUUUCAUUAUUUUUCAUUUACUAA